CUUCAAUGCCAACUAAACUACUGUAUCAUUUCUAGAAGAAAAAAAAUAAUGCGGCGGAAUGAUAUCACCGCUUCAGUGAUGCGAUUGCGCAUUUUAAAUAUUUGAAACAUCCUAGACGAUAUCAAAAGAAUAAAAUCCAAUAAAAAGAAUAGUUCAUCGUCAUAUUUAUAUAAGAGAGGUUCUUCUUUACCAAUCAUUCUCAUAACGUUUCUCUUCUCUUACAUUUAUGCUACAAUAAUGGAUUAUUUAAAUAUUUGGAUAGUCGCAUUUGCGAUCGUAUCAGCCUGGGGAAAUUUUGAUGAAGUCAAAGGACAAGUUUUAUCACAAAUUGAAUUUGGAACCAAAAUAAAUGAGAAAAAACAAUAUAAGCUGCCUACUCUGACAGACAUUGGAAAUUUGAAUGCAUUAAUGAGGUUAGACAACAUCAAGAAAUCAACUACGAAGAUGAGUAUUAAAGGUGAAGCCAAAAAUAAGCAUAACCUCCUAGAAGAAGAUGAUUACGCGGAUAGUGUGUAUUCUUCCUUCCCGAACCUUCGGGACUCCUCAUCAGAUUCUUCAUCUCUUCGUUACGGAACCAGAUUAAAAUCUAAACUUGUAAAUGUCAAUUCAAACAAACAGAAAAAGGUAACAAAAUCAUCUAAACAUAAUUUUAAUAUCACUGAUACCCGUGGAGCGGAAAGAAAAAUUCAAAAACUUUCAGUCCCUCCACUCACAACAUUUAAAAAUUAUUUACCGAAAACAGAAUUGAAAGAUCAAGAAAAUUUAGAAAGCUCGAAAUUACAACCAAGUGAUACGAUCAAAACAUCAAAGUUCUACAAUCAUAUCAAAAAUGAAAGUUCACUACUGGAGAAAGACAGUUCAAAAUAUGACGCUCCCGUGCUUAAUAGUCCUGCAUCUUAUCAUAUGUCCACUGUAUAUAACAUAUCAAACAAUAAUGGACAAAUUUAUUACAUGAUAAGUUUAAAACAAUUAGAAGAAGAUAAAAGUAAUAUUACUGAAAAUAUAGAUUCCGAUGAAAACAGACUUUUGAGCAUUGUGGAAAACUCGAUGAGUCUUAUUAAUAAAACAACAGACAGACUUCCUGGGACUGAAUCUUCCAUACUUAAACUAGCAAACAGCAAUGAAUUCUCAAAAAAUAAUGAUAAUGAAUACAAUAAUUCUGUAAUUGAUAAUGCUGAUUUUGAAGUUUUUAAUGUUAUUACCGGUAAUAUUUUCGAUGAACUAGAUAGUCCAAUAAUAAUCCCUAGUUUUGAAGAAGAUAACUCAACUCAAAAUGAAACGGACAUACAUGAACAAUUUAUUACGAGCAGUUCACAUACUUUUCAAGAAUAUAAAACUAUAACAGAGAAAGACUCAACCGAGAAUAAUACUCUAAAUUCCUCUUUGGUAUUAGAAACAAUAAACACACAGCCAGGAAUUCUUGAAAGCAUCUUUAGUUUUGGUGAAGGAAAGCUGUCUGCUUUAAACUCCACGGAUGAGUUGAAUUCAACAAACAGUGUCAUCCAUGGGUUAAACACUGAGAGUCGUGAAGAAAAAACAGAAAUGGAAUCCUCGGCUGAUGAAGAUACAUUGAAUUUCUUUGCACAUUAUUCUAUGUCAAGUACAGUUGCACCAACAAAUCAAACAUCCUUACAAUUUAAAAACAAAUCUGAAACAACGUUAAUCGAAUCAACAUCGUACAACAACACAACAGCAACAACUAAUAAUUCAGAAUUGAUCAACCUCACAACAACAACUGAUCAUUCAGAAUUAAAUAAUCUAGGUGAUUUGACAACAAUUGUUAGUUCGACAAAGAGCGAUGAGGCAUUUACAACCAUGUCACCAGAAAAAACAGUAGCAACUCAUUUGACAGAUAAAAAUAUUUCAUUGUUCAAAAGUCCACGCAUCAAAACUAUUCCAAUUAAAAAUUCAUUGCUACAACUACUUAUUCGAAACGCAAUAAACAAUAAGCUUCUUUACAAACUGCACAAUGGGCCAAUCAUUAUACGGGUAUUAAAUGUUCAAAAUCGCUCGCUACCAUCCACAGCAAUUCCAUUAACCAAUGAAACUCAAAAUGGGAGGAUUAAUUUUGUAACUAACAUAAACAGGAAUAUUUCGGGGAAUAAUUCAACAAACUCCUCAAUCUCCGCAGGAAAGUUACCGCUGGAAGUUAAACAGAACUUAAAAGAUAGCUCAUCUAAUUUCUCCAUUUCCUUAGGAAAGCAAAAUACCGAACAGGACUUUAAAGUCCCUUCAUCAAAUUAUUCAAUUUACUCUGAAAAACUUAGUCAAAAUAUAGAACAGGACUUAAUUACCACUUCAUCAAAUCAUUCAAUUUCCUCCGUAAUUCUGCCUAAAGAUAUCGAACAGGAUUUAAAUGCCACGUCAUCGAAUUCUACAACUUCCUCCGUGAUUCUGCCUCAAGAUAUCGAACAGGAUUUAAAUACCUCUUCAUGGAAUUCUACAACUUCCUUAGGAAUUUUGCCUCAAGACAACGAACAGGACUUAAAAGCCACUGCAUCAAACUCUUCAAUUUCCUCGAGAAUACUACCUCAAGAUACUGAAAACUUAAAAGUCACUUUAUUAAAUUCCUCAGGAAUGCUACCUCAGGAAACUGAACGAGACUUACAAGCUACUUCACAUUCACUUAGUGAUUUCAGGAACAUUAGCUCGAAAACGAACAACAUUACUUCGCCUCGUAACAUUAAUUAUAAAGAAAACGCCUCUAAAUUAAUAUUCAAUGUAUCGAAACAUAUCCCUGAAUUCGCAGAAUGGAACAAAUCCUCAAAUAAUUUUGAGGCAAAAAAUGUUUUUAAACAAGAAUCACAUAUGAUAAAACCAUUAGCGAAACAAGCUGUUUCCACUAAAAGAACAAAAUCCAUUUCAAAGAAGAAAAAAUCGUCAAAGAAAUCGAAAUUUUCAGGUGCCAAAAAGGCUCAUUACAACAAAACAGAAAAUUCAAAACUUUCGAAGAUUCCUCUCAAACAAUACAAUUUAGAUGCUGUCAAACAGGCUAACUUAGUUAAUUUUCAAAACUACGAAGAUAUAAAAACUUUGCUGAAUAAAUAUACUGCUCCGCAAUUAUUAGACUUAACCCAUUUUAAAAAUAAUACAUUUCGCAAUAGAAACAAUGUGCAAGAUUUAUAUACAAAUAUAAAUGAAUCUCCCACACCAAUUCAACCACAAUCUUUUGAUAGAAUCGAAAAUCCGGGAAACAAGCUUGCUGUUUCAUCUGAUUCAACAAACGAAAAAACUUUACAGGAAAAUAACCCGCUUGAUAUUCAUAAUAAAAUAUCAUAUGGAUCAAAUGGAAGCAUAAACACUGAGAAGCUCAAAGUAUUUCCUGAAAACACCUUAAAAGAAAACUUUCAAAAGAAGAAAAGUUCAAACUUCGAAAUUUCUGUUCCUCGUAGAAACGUAAACACUGAAUUCUAUGAUAAAAACGCUGGAAAAACUCAAAGCCAUGCUAAAAUUAUUAUUAAAGACUACAAAAAUUCCGUCGAUAAAAACGAUAAACAUAUUUUUGUAGGGAAUAAUGAUAUGGUGACCAUGGACGAUAACGUAUCACCCCAUCAAUCUAUAAAUAGCGAAAUUUACUAUAUAGAUUUAUUUGAUCCAAGAGCAAAUAACUAUGUUUGGAAUCUAUAACCUUGGUUUAGUUCGAAGAAAGGUGGAGAGUUUUAUUUGACUCAUUUAUAGCUAUGAACUUAAGGCAACAGUCUGGUAUAUUUCAAUAACUUUGUAUUAAAUUCUGUUCCUGAAUUUUUUUAAAUGUUUGUUUUGUUGAAAUCGAUGUCUGUUUAUUAAAAAGAAAAUGACUUAAAAUACA